AUCUGUGGAAUAAUGGUUAAGAACAAAAGAGGUUCUAUCCCAGGUGCUAGAAGAAGAAACGGUGCUCAAGUAUCCAAAUUAAGCACUUCUUCGACGAAUGCUAUGUCUUGUUAAGCCUCUACUUGGUUCUACAAUGAUGAGUUCAUUGCCUCCUGUCUUAUUUUGUGCAAGUACUUACUAAAGUAAUCAUGCCUAGUAAGCAUCUCCGUGAGGCAAUGCGUGAGCCUUUCAUCGUUGUGUAUCCACUCCUUCAAAAUUGGGAGCACAGCCUAACAACCUUAUGUCAUAUUGCACGGCUGCUUCAACUGAGUGUCACGUAAAAGGAAAGAUGGAUCAAAUGUUACCUAGUCCUGGGUUUAGCAUACCAAGUAUAGGUACUCCUUUACAUCAACCAGAAGAGGAUCAACAAAUUUUACCUAAUGCAUUACAACAACAACAACAACAGCAGCAGCAACAACAGCAACAGUCACAGCAACAACAACAAUCACAACAAUAUCAAUUACAACAAUUGCAUGCCAUGAGCCCAAAUAUGCAAAGUGGUAUGCUCAUGAUCGGAACACCACAAAAGACUAUGCAUGCUUAUGCAACAGCACCUACUUUUGCGACACCACAAAGUCUUAUGCAGCCACAAACACCACAAAAUAUGAUGUCUCCGCUGGUACAAAAUACUAAUCAUAUAGCUCCUCCAUCCAUAGGCCCAUCUACACCUGGUCCUAUGACACCUAUGACACCAGCUUCUGCAGAUCCAGGAAUAUUACCACAACUUCAAAAUAUUGUUUCUACUGUAAAUUUAAACUGCAAGUUAGAUUUAAAAAAAAUAGCGCUUCAUGCUAGGAAUGCAGAAUAUAAUCCAAAGAGAUUUGCUGCUGUUAUUAUGAGGAUAAGGGACCCAAGAACUACAGCUUUAAUAUUUAGUAGUGGAAAAAUGGUUUGCACUGGAGCAAAGAGUGAAGAGGAUUCUCGAUUGGCUGCAAGAAAGUAUGCCAGAAUUAUUCAGAAGCUUGGUUUUCCUGCAAAAUUUCUUGACUUCAAAAUACAAAAUAUGGUAGGCAGCUGUGAUGUGAAAUUUCCAAUUAGAUUAGAAGGUUUAGUACUUACACAUGGACAAUUCUCCUCAUAUGAGCCAGAACUCUUCCCUGGAUUAAUAUAUCGUAUGGUUAAGCCCAGAAUUGUUUUGCUCAUAUUUGUUUCAGGAAAAGUAGUCUUAACAGGAGCAAAAGUUAGACAGGAGAUUUAUGAAGCAUUUGAUAAUAUCUAUCCCAUUUUGAAGAGCUUUAAAAAACAAUGA